UUUUUUUAGAAGAGAAAUUUUAUUAUUAACCUCAAAGUACUUUCGCCUCUGCUAGGGUUCCCGAUGAGCGACUCUUAGCACUGAUCUCCUAGCCGUCGCCGGUGGCGGCGCGCCGUUCUUCUCCUCCCCAAAUCGUCAUCUCCUUCAGUUUCUUGCUCUCCCCCCAAGGUCGCGACCGUUGACCCUUGUUCUACCUAUGUUUUUCGCUGUCGUGUCUCAUCAGCGCUCAUCCUUGAGGCGUUUCAAGGUCGUGUUCUGCCUCUGCUCGUCUCCUGUCGCCGUCUACUGCCCUGCCUCUGUUUUUCCUGCUCAUGGGUCUCACCAGCGCCCCUUCACGAGGUGUUUCUUGUCUCUUCUUCCCUGUACAAUUCAGUGACAGCGAGCACCUUCAGGACGGUGACGAAGAACGCUUAUGGUCCCUUUUUCCGCUGUUGAUCUUCCUCUGUUUUGACUUCUGGUCCCUGCUACUCUUCUCUAUUAUGUUGUUAAUGGGUUCUGGUUUAGGAGAAACCAGUGUUUGUGGUGAUGGGGAGGAUGAUGGAAAUGACGAUUCAGAUGGAGGGUCUAGGACAGACGCUGUUUUGGGUGCUAAGGCUCGUGUGGCUCUCUUUAAGGAUGGCAUUUCAGACUCUAUUUCCUAUCAUCAGAUUAGAGGAUUGUUCGUUCAAUUCGGUUGCUUGGUGAACGUUUUCGUCCUGCGCUCUAGGAGGCUUGGGAGACGAUUUCGUUUUGCUGUCGUCUGUUUCUCGUCGUUGAAGGCUGCUACUACGACGAUUAAAUGGUUGGAUGGGUUUUAGAUGGGUAAAGCUUCUCUCCUGGUUUCUUUGGCUAAGCCUCCGAAUAAGGCUAUGAUGGGUUUCGACACCAAAGUCUCUCCUAAUCGACUGGCCUCUAGGAUUUCGGUUUCGGGUCUUGGUGCUCCCUUUUGGAAGGAUGUUGUUGUGGGGUUAAAGAAGGAUUCUCAUGCGUCAUUAGGCGCCGUUGGAGAUGUGGUGGGACGCCCUUCUUUUGAUAGGGAUUUUGCUACCGUUCCGUGGAUGUUAGAUUUGGAGGGUUUUUCCGUUGUUGGCGAUCGCGGCGAGUUGGGGCUGAGUAUCCUUGACGAUGUCUUUUUCCUUGAGGCAUUUGAUUCUAUUUUGGAAGGUGGUCCAACCUUGGUUGUCAGAGGGAGGGAUGCUUUUCUUUUCCCUGAAAUUGGUUGUCCUUCUGGAGUGGUAGAAGAUAUUGAGGAUUUUGAUGCUUCUUCUCCAGUUAUUUCCCCUUCGAAGGCUAUUUGCGAGUUGGUAGUUGAUUCUCUGCAGGUCGUGUCAGUGUUUUCUUCUAGUAUUAAUCAGCUUGGUAUUAGAGGAAGCUACGAGUUUGGCUCGUUUCAUCCUUCUGUUGCUGGUGAUGGGCUUGGUUCUCUUCCUCCUAGGCUUGGAUGCCUGGUUUUGUCUGAAGAUGGUGGGGUAGCUCAACAUCAGCUUGUUGAUUUGGCAGUUGGUUUGGAUGCAUCGUCUUCAGAUGUCUUUGUUCCUGAUGUUCUUCUCCGUAGGCGAGGGCAUCCAAAAAAUGUCAAGAGAUGUUGUAAGCCACGUCAGGUGCCCCCGACAAUUGGUGUGGAUUCGGUUGUGGUUGAUGUAGGAGGCCCCUCCUCAAGUGCGAUCAUGCCUUUGGUAAAUCAAUCAUAUGCAAAUCAUUUAGAAGUUUCCAAGGCCGAUGCGAUGAGGUCAUUACCCACUCCACCGCUAAGGGUUGUAGCUGUUGCAUGGAAUGCUACCGUUGGAGGGCAAAUCCGGAACUUCCAGAUUAUGUUAUGGCUGAACAUCUUAGGUAAGGCUGUCAGAAUAGUACAAUAGCUUUUGUACUUGGAUAGCGACGUGAGCCUUAUCCUAGUUGACUUCUGAUCUGGCGACGCUUCAUGUUGGGACGCGUGUAGCUUAUGAGAUCAGAGUCAGAGGGAAGCUUGGAUCCUCUGACCUUCGUAGCUUCUGCUUCUGGACUGUUCAUCAGAACUUCUAGUCAUCAGAGUUGGAAGUACUUGGUCUUCAGAGCCAGCUUACUCUUGGACUUCAGAACCUUCACUUCUUAGCUUCUGGACCUUUAGAGCUUCAGGACCUUUAGGGCUUCUGGACCUUCAGAGCUUCUGGUCUUCAGAACUUGAAGUGAUCUGAAUCCAUAUCAGAGCUUAUGAUCUUCAGAACUUCUGAAGCAUAUACUACUGUUCAAACAGAACAUAGUGAGAGCGAAAGCAUUGUGUUGGCUACUCUUUUUGCUUUGUGCUUCUAAUAAGUGUGUUUCUAGACCAGAGUUAGAGCCUGUCAAUUGAACACUCAUAGAACAAUGUUAGAGUAUCAUAAUUGUUCAUAUACAAUAAUUAACUUGUAAUCAUCAAAACAUAGAGUUGUACUGCAUGACCAAUUCUUGGUCUUACAAUCUCCCCCUUUUUUAUGAUGACAAAACCAAGUAUUUUGAUGAACAAUUCUUAAACAAUAAACUGAAUACACUCAGAGUUUAGGGUAUCAGAGGUGAACUUAUUCUGAGAUGUAUGGUUUAUUUUGCUCGUUCUGAAUCCAAGUCACAGCUUGAUUCUAAGCUUAGCUCUCCCUGAAUCUAAGACUUAAUAAACAUGUUAGUAGCGUCUAGAUUCUGAGCUAAAUAAUAAUAGUGAUAAGAGUGAUAAAUCAAUCAGAUUCAUACAUGACAUAGAUUUUUAUAAGAAUAUUAGAGCGCAUGAAUAAUCAGAGGUAAUCAAGGAGUGAUAUCAGAGUCAAACUAUCAGAGCAUAGGAUCACUUCAGAAGAAGUGAAAAUGUUUCCUUAUUGGUGCCUCAUGAAAGAUCUACAGUCAUAGCGAUUGAUCACUUAAUAUUCUCCAAAAGAAAAAGAUAUCACACUAACACAAUAUACACAUCAAAAACUGGGAGUACUCCCUUUUUUUGUCAUAAGCAAAAAGAGCUGAGAGUGUGAGAAACUUAGCUUGAAGUACAAGGUACUCCCCCUUAGAGAAGGACUAAGUUAAAAAAAAUAAAAAUAAAUAGAUAAUAAAAAUAAUUAUGAAAAUAGUGAGUGUAGAUGAAGAAAUUAAAUGAGGUGAAGAACAUCGGCCAGAGAAGGAGCAAGACGUUUACCACCGGUCAAAAGACUUUAAGAUGAUCUUGAUAACGGGGUCUCGGGAAGGUGUUUCAGUGUUAAAUUCUAGCAAGCGUUCCAUGAGUAUAAAUAGCAAGGCUAUCUGAGUGAAUCAACCAUGGCAAACUCUGAGAGAGCUCUGAACGAAUUGAGAGAAAGAGCAUUCGAGCAGAACUUAUAUGUUGCUUUGUACUAUCGGAGGACGACAGUAUGCAACAUUCGUCAGCUUGUCUGCCGGUUGCUUGCAAUGGAGCUGAAUUCGGUCCUGGAUGCGGCAAUUUGCAUCUUUCUAGAAUUCGUGGAGGAGCUAGGCGAGCUCUUCCAAGAAGAGGCUGAAAUCACCAGACAAAUUGGUGGUUGGGAAUGGGAACUGGAGCUUCGAGAAGACGACACAGAGGAGCGAAAGGAAGAAUGCAAGAAUGAGAUGGCGCAGCUGAUAUAUCAGAGGCGCAUCUUAGAUAGGCAGCUAGCAGCAAUGUUAGAGCGUUAUCAUGUAAUGAGGAUGAAUCCUCCAUUCUAAAUGUACUCAACUGUUUUAAUGAAUAAAGAGAUUUUCCUUCCUCA